GCCUUUGCCUAUAUAUCUAAGGGAAGUGAAGGCAGCAAAGGAGUGCAGAUUGAAAAAAUGGAGUCUGUUUUGAAUUCAGUGAAUCCACUCACCAUCUCUCUUUCUUUAGGUUUUCUUCUUCUGAUUCUGAGCUUUUUGAAGGGCAAGAAAUCAGGAGACAAGCCACCAGGGCCAAAAGGUAUACCAAUUUUUGGCAACAUGUUUCACUUGGGAGAUUUGCCUCACCAAACCAUGUACCACUGGGGCAAAACCUAUGGACCUCUCCUUUGGCUUAAUCUCGGCCAGGUUAAUACAAUGAUCGUUCAGAAUGCCGCUACGGCUGCUGAGUUGUUUAAGAAACACGAUGUGCCAUUUGCUGACCGCAAGGUGCCUGAUGCACUCACGGCGUUCAAUUUCAAUGCGGGGUCUUUGGGGAUGAACACGUUUGGUGGACAUUGGAGGGUACUCCGGCGGCUUUGUUCCAUGGAAUUCUUGGUGAACAGGAGAAUGAACGAGACGAUUGAGUUGAGAAUGAGGCUUAUGCACGACAUGAUACGCUGGAUUGAAGAGGACUCAACGACAUCACUAGCUCAGGGCGGAACCGGGCAGGUACAACUAAGCAGGUUCCUCUUCCUUAUGGCGUUUAACUUGGUAGGGAACCUCAUGUUAUCCCGGGAUUUGCUGGAUGCAAAGGAUCCUGAAGGGAAGGAGUUCUUUGAUUGUAUGAACGUUAUUCUUGAGCUUGCAGGAACACCAAAUAUAGCAGACUUCUUUCCAGCUUUGAAGUUGAUUGAUCCACUCGGGAUGAAGAGGAAAAUGACAAGGAACAUGAGCAAAACCAUGAAAAUAUCCUCCAAGUUCGUGCAGGAGAGGCUAGAAAACAGGAAAGCAGGCAAAUUCCAGGAAAAGAAAGACUUUCUUGAUGUGUUGUUGGAAUACGAAGGCGAUGGCAAGGACGGGCCUGAUAGAAUGACAGAGCACAAUGUCAACAUUGUUAUCAUGGAAAUGUUCUUCGCUGGAUCUGAGACUACUAGUAUCAGCAUCGAAUGGGGUUUAGCGGAACUACUACGCAACCCCCACGCGUUCGAGAAGGUUAGAGAGGAGGUCGACAGGGUAGUCGGAGUAGACAGGCUGGUGGAAGAGAAAGACGUCGAGAACAUGCCAUAUCUCCAAGCGGCUGUGAAGGAAACUCUCCGAUUGCACCCAGCACUGCCCUUGCUCCUGCCAAGAAACACAAUGGAGGACACUAACUACAUGGGGCACCUUAUCCCAAAGGGCACCCAAGUUUUUGUGAACGCUUGGGCCAUUGGAAGAGAUCCAAAGUCCUGGGAUGAGCCCUUGAGUUUCAAGCCAGAAUUGUUCUUGAAAUCAAGUAUUGAAUACAAGGGACAACACUUUGAGUUGAUCCCCUUUGGUUCAGGAAGAAGGAUUUGUGUAGGGUUCCCGUUGGCUCAUAGGGUGGUUCACCUCACCAUAGCCACCUUGGUCCAGGCUUUCGACUGGGAUCUAGGGGCCGGUGUCAAACCCGAACACAUUGACAUGCAAGAAAGGUUGGGAUUAACUCUGAGGAAGAAGAAUCCACUCAAGGUCAUACCCAAGAAAAGAGUACAUGUUUAAGGAUGAAAUUGUUAUAUAUUUAUGGUAUAAAUAUAAAAUGUGAAAGAAAUAAUCAAAUUAGAUGAAGUGCCAAAGUGAUAGGAAAUGUGGCACUUGUGUGAGACGUCAGGGGUUCGAGUCACUCUCCACGCAAAUAUUAAAAUGUCUUGAUUGGGGCCUUGGGCUCUUGGACUUCCUUCACUAAAAUAUUUUUUUAUUAUUAUUUAAUGGGUAAAAUUAGCCAAUAUUUUCUGA